AUGUGUAACAAAGCCAUUAGGAUCAUGGGCUUUUUCAACAACAUGUUAGCUUGCUAAGCAGUUUUACAAAAAGUUGGCUUUAAGACCCUGAAAUCUUUGUCCAAAUUUCGGCCUAUAAAUCCCGAUUGGGUUUAAUUAAGCAGUUCAGCUAAACUCAAAGAACCAACCGAAGUACUAACUCGUGUCUGACUGUCGUGUCGGUUUAUUGUUCAUUGCAUACCAUAGUUAAUAUCUUAGAAAAAAAAAUAUACUUUUCGUAAGGCAAAGACGGGCCAUGGAGGUGGAAGAGCUAGAGAAGAGAAAGUCCAGAAAGAUUACGUCUUCUUCUCCUUCUUCAGCUCUUAUAAAUAACCUUGAUGAUGGCUGCCUUAUGCAUAUUUUCAGCUUCUUGUCUCCCAUUCCAGAUCGGUAUAACACCGCCCUCGUUUGCCACAGAUGGUGUUAUUUGGCGUGUCACCCUCGACUGUGGCUGCGAGUAGAUAGAUCUGUUCAGGAUUUUUCUGAACCUGGUGUUUUCCCCAAUAUUGAAGAAGCUGUGUCUGCAGCCAGACCUGGCGACACUAUUCUAAUUGCAGCUGGCGGCAGUCAUCUUGCCUCUAAUAUUCAGAUUAAAAAACCUCUCUGCCUGAUCGGCGGAGGUGAGCUUCCUGAUGAAACAACUGUCAUCUGUUUGCGAGGUUCAGACAGAGAGAAACAACCUGCACGUUUGUGCUGUUCAUUUUGGUGGAGCAGUGCACUGGAGUUUCUAUCAACCUGCAAGCUGACAAACUUAACGGUGAAGGCGGAGCUAGGUUGCUGCUUGCUUCAUAGGAGUGGAAGGCUAAUUAUAGAUGAAUGCAUACUUCAGUGUGAAUCAAACCCGUUGGACUAUCUGUCAUGCCCGAUCAUGAGUACAGCCGGAAGUGGGGUGUUUCCCUCCAACCUGAAGAGUGAUGGUGAUAGCAUUUCUGUAUCGCACACUCGGAUUGAAGGAGGUGCAAAGGCUGUUUUGACGAGUGGAGAUCUAGCACUACAGCAAGUUCGAGUCAUUUAUGCUCGAACUAGUCUCUAUUUCUGGUUCGACGUUGGUUGUAGAUAAUUGGAUUAGGGAAUUCAAUUUAAUUCCUGAAUGUUGUUUUGUUUUCUGUAGGAACAAUAUCUAAUGUAGCCAUAGCCAUAGCCAUAGCCAAAGGCAUUGUAUGUUAUCAGACCAUUUGCAACAAACGUUCCUUUUCUAUUUUUUAGUAGAUUUGUUCAUGAAUUUGGUCCAA